AUCGUGAGUCGUAAACGCGCACCGACCUCGGGUCGCAUUCCUCACCAUCUAACGACGACGACGACGACGUUCUCUGCUUCUACGCUAUCAACUCUACACACGACAUCUUAAGUGAACAGGUCCUCGUUGUACGCGCUUACCAAACCGCGCGCACACCCACACCUGGCCGCAACCACACCUUGUCCGCGUUGCAACGUCCUGGGUUGUACAUCUCGACGGGAGGAGUAAUCUAGGCACAACAUGGCACCGUCCAAGAAGGCUGGCAAGAAGGUCGCUGCAACGCCCAAGAAGGGCGGCGGCGCUGCCAAAGUAGCCAAGGCGGAUUGGAAGGAAGGUUUCAAGAAGAAACAAGUCGGGGUCUCUGAUAUGACCCUGUUGACCACUAUCACCAACGAGGCGAUCAACGAGAACCUGCAGAAGCGGUGGACCAACGGCGAAAUCUACACCUAUAUCGGCUCUGUGCUGAUAUCUGUGAACCCCUUCAGAGAUCUCGGCAUCUACACGGACGAGGUCCUUCAGAGGUACAAGGGCAAGAACAGGCUAGAGGUGCCUCCACAUGUGUUCGGUAUUGCCGAGUCGGCGUAUUACAACAUGAACGCGUACCACGAGAACCAAUGUGUCAUUAUCUCAGGCGAGUCCGGUGCCGGCAAGACGGAGGCAGCGAAGCGUAUCAUGCAGUACAUCGCCGCUGUAUCCGGUGGCCACGACAGCAGUAUCCAGGAGAUCAAGGACAUGGUGCUCGCUACGAAUCCUUUGCUAGAGAGCUUUGGAUGUGCAAAGACGUUGAGGAACAACAACUCUAGUCGUCACGGCAAAUAUCUCGAAAUCAUGUUCAACGACCACGGAGAGCCAAUCGGUGCCCAGAUCACAAAUUAUCUACUUGAGAAGGGUCGUGUGGUUGGCCAAGUCGAGAACGAGCGGAACUUCCACAUAUUCUACCAGUUUACUAAAGGCGCAUCUCCGGAGCAGCGAGAGGCGUACGGAUUGCAAGGUCCCGAGGCGUACGCAUACACGAGCCUGAGUAACUGUCUGGAAGUCGGUGGUAUCGAUGAUGUGGAGGACUUCAGCGAGACGAUCAAAGCCAUGCAAGUCAUCGGUCUGAGCGACUACGAGCAGUCGGAAAUCUUCCGUAUGCUUGCCGUUAUCCUCUGGCUCGGCAACAUCCAGUUCCAGGAGGAUGACAGUGGGAACUCGGCGAUCGCUGACACUGGUGUGACCGAUUUCGUUGCGUACCUCUUGGAAGUGGAUGGGGCUCUCGUAGAGAAGGCCAUGACGAUCAAAGUCAUGGAGACUCAGCGAGGUGGCAGGCGUGGUUCUAUCUAUGAUGUCCCUUUGAACCCCUCACAGGCGACCUCUGGAAGAGAUGCACUGGCCAAGGCCAUCUAUAACAACCUCUUUGAAUGGAUAGUGUCCAGGAUCAAUGCGUCGAUGAAGCCACGAAGCGCGACUGCGCAGCUGAUCGGCAUCUUGGAUAUCUUCGGCUUUGAGAUCUUCGAGGACAACUCAUUCGAACAACUGUGCAUCAACUACGUCAACGAGAAGCUGCAACAGAUCUUCAUCGAGCUGACGCUCAAGACGGAACAAGAAGAAUACGUCCGUGAACAGAUCAAGUGGACGCCCAUCAAGUACUUCAACAACAAGAUCGUAUGCGACCUCAUUGAGGAGAAGCGGCCCCCAGGUAUUUUUGCAGCACUGAACGAUGCCUGCGCCACCGCGCACGCAGACCCGACCGCAGCCGACAACAGCUUCAUCCAGCGGACGGCAGCCCUCGCGAGCAACGCGCACUUCGAGGCGCGUGGCGCGCAGUUCCUGGUCAAGCACUACGCCGGAGACGUCAUGUACAACGUGGCGGGCAUGACGGACAAGAACAAGGAUGUGCUCGUGAAGGACUUGCUGGACCUCGUCGGUGGCAGUGGCAACCAGUUCUUGCAGGGCCUCUUCCCGGAUCGGCCGGAUCCGAACAGCAAGAGGAGACCUCCUACUGCGGGCGAUAGGAUCAAGGCCUCCGCCGGUGCGCUUGUCGAGAACCUCAUGCGCGCCCAGCCCUCGUAUAUCCGUACGAUCAAGCCGAACCAGAACCGCAGUGCGACCGAGUACGACACGAAGGCGGUCUUGCAUCAGGUGAAGUACCUCGGUCUGCAGGAGAACAUCCGCGUGCGGAGAGCAGGGUUCGCGUACCGAAAUACAUUCGAGAAGAUGGUGGAGCGUUUCUACCUGCUUUCGCCCGCUACCUCUUACGCGGGAGAGUACACAUGGCAAGGCGAUGCGAAGUCGGGAUGCGAGCGGAUACUCGUCGACACUGGGAUCGCAAAGGAGGAGUGGCAGAUGGGUGUGACGAAGGCUUUCAUCAAGAAUCCCGAGACGCUCUUCGCUUUGGAGACCAUGCGUGAUCGCUACUGGCAUAACAUGGCUGGCCGUAUCCAGCGGGCAUGGCGGAACUACAUGCGCUACAGGCACGAGUGUGCACGGCGCAUCCAGCGGUUCUGGAAAAACAACAAGGAGGCGAUCGAGUAUGCAAGGACCCGGGACUACGGCCACCAGAUCUUGGCGGGCAGGAAGGAGCGCAGGCGGUUCAGUCUUCUGAGCUACCGGCGGUUCUUGGGCGAUUAUUUGUAUGUCAAUGACAAGACCCCCUUGGGCGAGGAACUUUCGGCUGCUUGCGGCAUUGGGAACGAGAAUGUGACGUUCAGCUCAAGAUGCGAGAUCUUGGUCUCCAAAACCGGUCGCUCAAGUAAACCAAGUCCACGCUUCCUUCUUCUGACACAGAAAGCAGUGCACAUCGUAGUCGCUCAAUCUAAAGAUGGACAAGUUCAGUACUCCUUGGAGCGUAAGAUCCCUCUGGUGACCAUCAAGAGCGUCUCAAUGUCGAACAUGCGGGACGACUGGCUGGUAUUGAAUCUCGGUCCCACUGAGGAGGGUGACCCCCUCAUCAGCUGUAUCUUCAAGACCGAGCUCUGCACACACAUGCUGCAAUUGACGUCGGGUAGUAUCAACAUCACAAUUGAACCAGUCAUCGAGUAUAUCAAGAAGAAAGAGAAGAAGGCACAGGUCAAGUUCAUCAAAGACGAGACUGUCGCGAGAGACGACGUCUACAAGAGCCACACAGUGCAUGUACCUUCGGGCGAACCACCAGGCAGCCUGUCUCGUCCUCCUGCGAAACGCAAGGCUGGUGUUGUUCGGCCCAUUACGCAGGGCAAGCUGCUGCGGAAAGGGGGCCCGUCAGAUAAACCAGCUGCGUCACGACCAAAGCCUGCAGCACGACCAUUACCGGGCAAGUCGACUCCCGCAGUAGCUGUGAAGCCGAGCAAUCCGUCCACCGCAUCUAACGUACCCGCUGCACCGCCGCCACCGCCUGCUCGACAUAACGCGCCGCCACCCCCACCGCCCGAACCCGACGUGGACAUGUACCGUGCCAAGUUCGCGUUCGAGGGCCAGCAGGGCGAGAUGUCACUAAAGAAGGAUGACCUCGUCGAGCUGGUCGAGAAGGAUGACAACGGCUGGUGGCUCGUGAAGAAGGACGGCGCCGAAGGCUGGACACCCAGCAACUACCUCGAGCUCGUCCCGCCAAAGCCCAAGGCUGCACCCGCUCCUCCGCCACCUCCCCCUGCUGGACGCCGCCUGCCCCCGACUGCGCCCGCCGCACCUGCAGCCCCAGCUGCCCCCAAAGUCUCCGCGAAGUCGAUCGUCGCCGACCCCUCCGCGAAGCCCAUGGCGGUCUUCCCCGGGAUGAUGCCCGCGAACGGGUCCGCCGCGCCCUGGAAGAAGACCGCGUCGACGGGGACAAAUGGCUCGUCAAACGACACGACGCCGACCAGCUCGCGCCCCGUCAGCUCGCUCGCGUCCAAGGCACCGCCGCCCGCGCCGAAGCCGAAGCCGGGUCCUCCGCCGUUGGCGGCGAAACCAGGUGCGGCUGCGCCCCCGAGGGUGGGCGGAAAGCCGCAGGUGCCGACGGCGUCGAGGCCGCCUGCGGCACCGCCGAAGCCCAAGGCUGGAGGCCUGGGGAAGCCUUCCGCGCCGACGGGACAGCUGGACUUGGCUGCUGUGAUGGCGAAGCGUGCACAACAGAUGGGGUAGAGAAUGGCGGCAAAGAGUUGUCGCUUGGCGCGGACGAUACUGUAGGAACCUAGGGAUAUGUAUAUCUACAACACCUGUGAUAGAAUGAUGAGCAUUGACGACAAACGACACAUCCAUGGG